AUGUCUGCUUACGGUUUUGUUAAAAUUUCCAGAGAUGUGAAGGAAGCAAUUCCAAAUCCAAAUAAACCAACUCCACAAAUUACAACAACUUUGCCAACCUCAGAAUUAUCCAAGUUUGUAUAUGACUAUGCCAAGGAAAAGCUCCCACCCCAAGUCUUUAAUCAUUCCCUUAGGGUUUACUUCUAUAGUAUUGCUAUUAUCAAAGAUCAAUUCCCAUCUUGGGAUUUAGACCCCGAAGUUGUUUAUGUUACCAGUCUUUUACAUGAUAUCGGUACAACCAAUGAAAAUAUGCAUGCUACUAAAAUGUCUUUUGAAUCAUGGGGUGGGAUAAUCUCUCGUGAUUUGGUUUUAGAAAAAACAAAGAAUCAAGAUUAUGCCGAUGCAGUUUGUGAAGCAAUUAUAAGACAUCAAGAUUUAGGUGAAUCCGGAUAUAUUACUACUUUGGGAUUAAUCCUACAAAUUGCAACUAUUUUGGACAAUGUUGGGUUGAAUACUCAUUUAAUCCAUCCAGAUACUUUAGAUGCUGUUAAUAAGGCAUUUUCUAGAGCGGGUUGGUUAGAUUGCUUUAGUGCUGCCAUUGAUCGUGAGAAUAAAAUGAAGCCCUGGGGUCAUACCAGUGCUUUAGGAGUUGAUAAAUUUAGAGAUGAUGUUCAAGCUAAUAAAGUAGAAUAUGUUAAAUCCAGUUUAUAA